CGGUCGGAAGGUUUUCGAGGUGGCGCUUGUCAAGCUAACAAGCUAGGUUGUUAGUAGCCAGUUGAGUACAAGUCAGAGUUACGGACGGUAAUAAAAUAAAAAUAGUCCGUUUCUUUUAAACCUGUUUGCUCGUCUGCAUAUUUAGUUGUACGCGGUGAAAAUGGCGGCUUCGUCGUCUAACUGCGCGUUCGCGGCGGUUUUGACUUGAUCAAGUUUUAUGCUAACGUUAGCCUGUUAGCAUCCCUGGUUGUUUACUGCACCUGCCUCCAGCUCUGUGGCUCUGCGCUGCACAUUCUCUCGAUUUAAGGAGUCUGAAGUUUACAAGAUGUACCUGGUGGGGCUGACAGGAGGGAUCGCCUCAGGGAAAAGCACAGUGUCUUCAAUGCUGCGGGAGCUCGGCUGUCCUAUUAUUGAUGCUGAUGUUGUGGCCAGGAAAGUCGUGGAGCAGCACACGCCUGCCUAUUCCCGCAUCGUCUACCACUUUGGGCCAGAAAUCCUGCUUGAGAACGGCGAGAUCGACAGGCAGAAGCUGGGCCAAAUCAUCUUUGCCAAUGAGGAGAACAGGAAGCUGCUGAACUCCAUCACUCACCCAGAGAUUCAUAAAGCAAUGCUCAAAGAGAUCCUGUUCUACUUUCUCAGAGGUUACCGCUACGUGGUGCUGGAUGUGCCCCUUCUAUUUGAAACCAGACGUCUAACUCAGUUCCUGAACCACACUGUAGUAGUUUACUGUGACCCUGCCACUCAGCUAUUGCGCCUGAUGCAGAGGGACGGCCUGACCCAGGAGCAGGCCGAGCAGCGUGUGGCAGCCCAAAUGCCUCUCAAUGAAAAGCGCGGCCUGGCCAAUCAUGUUAUUGAGAACUCGGGCAGCCGGGAGGACACCCACCGGCAGGUCCUGCGGCUCCACACAAAGCUGGAGGACUCCAUGGACUUUCUCUUAGUCAGGGUCAUUGCUAUCGCUGCCACUGCCGGUCUGGGUGGGAUUCUGCUCUAUGCAGCCAAGAUACUGCUGUCCUAACAGACGGAAGGAGAACAAGGGGAAGAAGAGGGUUUAGUGGAAGAUGGGGUCAAAUACGAGGGGCGUGAAUAGAAUCAGGCCGAGGCAGGUCGGAGGUACCGAUGCAAUUUACUGUGAAAUUAGCUUCACAGCACCUACCACUACUACAGCGGUGCACUGUUGACAGCUGGCACAGACCUACAUUAUUGAUAAAACUCUCAGUGAUGAGUGUGAGGAGGGUUUCUAUGUGCAAUUUCUCUCGGUUUUUACUCAGAAACACAAAAAUAUGAAGGUGACACAACAGAGGCUCAGUUGCUGUACAAGAUUACCCAUGUUUGCUCCGUUCUAAGAUGGCGACUCCAUCUUUAACCACACAUAACUAACAUGAAUAAAACAAAAAGUCAGGACCGACAUUGAAGAGAUUUUAUUUUGGUACACCUUUUAUGACCUAUUUAAAUGCUUUAGCUAAUCGUACAGAUUCUAAAUACGAACAUUAGAGGGAGCACAUGAACAAGUGGAAAGGGUGAUAAUGAUUUUAUUUAUUUUAAACAAAUUCUCACUUCAUUUUUAGUGCAAAAUGUAAGUGCUAACCCCAGUCAUGAAUUUGAUUGAGUCGGAGUGAUCUGACACUUACAGAAUAUGUGAAAUGAAGACAUGAUAGAAUGUAUUUGACAAUCUGUUUUUAAUGGGAACAGUAGGAACUAACAGAUUUCAUAUUUAUCACUGUAUUUUCUUACACUUGACGCUGUCCUCUGUAAAUACAAAGUCUGUGAUUUUUUUUUUCUCUUUGCACACUUGUAACUAAAACAUAGCAUUUGUAACCUUACGGCUAACUAAAUAAAAUGACCCGACACUUGU